AUGCCACUAGAGGUUCGCCUCAAGAUCUUUAACGAGCUAUGGGAAGAGCGAGACUUCGAUCUGCUCUUGUUCAUCAAGGACUACGAAGAGAGACAUGAUGACGAGAAUCCCUUCACUCUUGCUCUCAUGCACUUCAUUCACUUCAAUAAGAAUCCCAAAACCCACUGGCCUGAUAAGAAGAUUCCGUGGGACAAAUACGCAGCGUGCCUCGGCAGAAUCGAGCAGCUCUGGUUUAAUCAGCGACUACAUGGAGGCACCCGUAGCAAUAAGCCCUAUUUCAGUGUUUUCAACCUGAUGAUAUCCUGCAAGCAGAUGUGGGAAGAGGGAAGCCUCGCAUAUUGGCGUCAGAGACGAUUGCAAGUGGUCAUUACUAGGGAAUUUGGUGAGAUUCCACACGGAGACGAGGAAGCAUUUUCGAUGCCCGAUUGUACAAGCAGCAUACUUCUUGGUGGCAGCAUUGGAGAGAGUGUCCGGGUCUUGACCUUGAGAUUCGAUGAUAAAGUCUUGAAUUGUCGUGUUAAGCGCUGCUACAAUGUACCUGGGGUGAUUUCCUGUGAGCGGCACACUGACAACAGCUUCACCCCAAAGCUCCAAUGGGCUCAAGAUACCAUCAUGAAGGCCCUGAAGCUCUUUACCAACAUCACUUGCCUAGAGCUUCUUAUCGAAAACAACCGCGUCUACAAGCUCUAUAACGAGAUGGGCACGUUUGACGAGAUGUUGGAGUACGUCAAGAAGGAAAGGCCGCUGAUCAAAGUCAUCCGAUUCAAGGGCGGCCAGUGCGCAGAGCUUGUGAAGCACUGGAAUCUCGAGCUCGACGCCUCUGUUUCCGGGACCGCCUGGUCCAUGAGUCCUUGCGUUCCUACUUGUAAAGAAAAGGUAUACAAGGACCACGUUGACAGAUUCGAUGUCACUCCACGAGAAGUUGACCAGCGUCCGAAUUUUGCCUAG